CAUAGUCUGACAAGAACAAAUAUCAAAAUCCUACUAUACAUUCCUUGUACAACACAUUUUUCUCCUCUCAUUUCUUUGUUUCCAGUAAAAUUUCUUUUUAUAUUUAUGGUGCUCACAGUUUCCAAUAGUAUAUGGCCAAUCCCAAGUGUUGCAGCUUCACUGCAUCAAGAAACUGGUUCUUCAAAUACUCUUUCUCAAGCUCAGGCUUAAAAUCUUCCACCACAGAUUUAGGCAAUGGUACUAUUAUCCACUGCUGGAUACCCAAAACCCACAAAGAAAAAAAGCCCUCUUUGCUCCUCAUUCAUGGAAUUGGAGCUAAUGCUAUGUGGCAAUGGAGUGAAUUCAUCACACCCUUAUCAUCAAGAUUCAAUCUUUAUGUCCCUGACUUGUUGUUUUUUGGUGAAUCUUACACUUCUAGGCUAGAAAGAACUGAAUCUUUUCAGGCUGAGUGUGUUAUGAGGACUAUGGAGGUUUAUGGGGUUAAGAAAAUGGCUGUUGUGGGGUUGAGUUAUGGUGGUUUUGUGGGGUAUAGUAUGGCUGUUCAGUUCCCUGAGGCAGUGGAGAAACUGGUUCUUGGGUGUUCUGGUGUUUGUCUUGAGGAAAAAGAUAUGGAAAAUGGGAUGUUUCAAGUGAAGAGUGUAGAGGAGGCUGUUUCAAUUUUGUUGCCACAGACUCCUGAGAAGAUGAGACAGUUGAUGAAAUUGUCUUUUUACAAGCCUAUCAAGAAUCUUCCUUCUUGUUUCCUCAAUGAUUUUAUUGAUGUGAUGUGCACAGUUAAUCAUCAAGAAAGAAAGGAGUUGAUCGAAGCAUUACACAAUAACAGAAAGCUCUCUGAUCUUCCUAAGAUUACUCAGCCUACAUUGAUAAUAUGGGGAGAAUAUGAUCAGAUAUUCCCACUAGAAUUGGCUCACAGAUUAAAAAGGCAUUUAAGUGAGAACGCGGAACUUGUUAUAAUAAAGGAUGCAGGACAUGCAAUUAACAUGGAGAAAUCGAAGGAGCUUUUCAAACAGUUGAAAUCAUUCCUUCUUGAUUCGCGCCCUCAUACUAAGCAUGACAGUACUGGCAAUAGCCACAAGAUAGAUUAAAACAAGUGAAGACGAUACUACAUUGGAGGAUUUUUUCCUUGUAAUUUGGCUGAAUCUCUUGGUUAUCUAACUUCAUUGCAUUUAUUUGUCACUUGAUUCUUUCAAUCUCUCGGUGUCUAUUCAUGAACACCUACACAGAGUAUUUGUUCUUUGAAGGUAGUUCCCUGAACGGAACAAUACGAUCCUGGAUAUUCUCCCUUU